AUGGGGUGUUUUCAAUCUAGCCUCACAAACCGGUCAGUUGGGCGGCUGCUUGCAGCCAGCCCCCCUGGCGAAAAGAUGGAGGACGAAAGCGUCGCCUCUUUAUCCGAUGUAGUCACUGUCGAGGCGUCCAAUAUGCAGAGAGGAGCUGUGAUUUCGAGUCCUGUCCCAGUGUCACCCAUCCAUGAUGAAGCAGAGGAAGCUGUGGGAGAUUCUUCUCAUGGUGAUGAUGGAACUGAUGAGAAGCCACAGCACGAACAGCUGAAUGCGACGACUGGAGAUCUCGAGUCAAUAUCAAACCAAAGCAUCCAAAACAUGACUGAGGCAACUGAUCUUGUCCAAAGAAGAACGAGGAGCAGUGCUCAGAGCGCGGGUUCUUCAGAUCGGCGAGAAGAAGAAUCUAUCAAAUUGGAUAGAGAGAAAGACUUUAGCUCACCAUCAAAGGCAAAGCGUAUACGUCGACGGAUAGAUGGAUCACCAAUUUUUCCUGCUUGCAACAUGCCUCGAAAGACAGUCUAUCUUUUUCGUCAUGGAUACUCCCAAGGACAAGCAGCGCAGAAAAAUGGAUUGGAUAGAAAGACAGAUCAGAGCCUUCGUGAUUGUGCUUUGACUGAAAGAGGAAUUGAAGAAGCUAGAGCAAUCCCCAAGCAGUUCUUAGGCGACGAAAGGGAUUCUAUCGAAGUUGUCUUUUCAUCUCCUCUUACUCGGGCACUUCACACCUCCAUUCUUGGUUUUCCAAAUAAAAACAUCAUAUGUCAUUUUGAUCUUGGAGAAAUAGGGACCAAAGCUCCCGAGAACAUACCAAGGAAAAUGGCAGCUGUCUUGCAAGAUCUUCGCGAAGACAUAGAAAAACGCGACGAUAGCUUGACACUCGACACAACAACAUUUCAACCUUCAACCUGGCCGCGGGAUACUGCUCCUGGAGUUAUUAAGAAGGAAAAAGUCAAGAAGUUCUUCCAGUGGCUGUACAAAGAGCGUCAAGAAAGUGUGUUUGCGGUGGUGUGUCAUCAUAAUGUCAUCAAGACUGUGGUCAUCAAUGGAGAAAAGCUACGACCAAAGAAUGCUGAACUAAUAUCGUGUAGCUUGGACUCGAAUGGCGAACUCUUUGCUCUCAACGAUCCCGAGAAACACGAGGAAUUGCCAGUUGCCGCUCUGGACUUUGAAUCGAUUGCUACCUGA